UCCUCGACCAACACUUUCUUUCGCUCCUUCCCUUCGCACCUUUUUCUCCCCCAAACCCAGCAUGCCUCAAGAAACGACCAACUUCCCCGCUUCCUACGUCGUCAUCGGGGCCUAUCGCCUAGCGCAUGACCCCGCGCUCUGGAAACCAAUGUGGGCCGACAUUGCAGGCGCGGCAAAGAAGGCUGGUCUCGUCGCUGCGCUAUGGGGCGUCCUCACUUGGCCAAUUCAACGAGCCUUUGUCCACCUCUUCAUGCGAGGAAGCGGUACAGUACUCGGCUUCUCUGGCCUCUACUCCAGUAUCAGUAGCAAGGCAGACAAGAUCGAUGACUCGUUGCCAUUCGUCAUUCCCCUGCCCAGCUUGCAGGGCUUUGCUACACUCAUGUUCGUCCUCUCGCAGUGCUCCACCAUCAUGGAGCUGUGGCUUCGCAGGAGAUUGAGAAGGGCACGCACCCUCGCCUAUGGAGAGACGGUCAAGUCUCGCGGCAAGAGUGCAGAAUGGUGGACGGACUACUACGAGGAGUGGGAAGAGCCACCCACACAACGCGCUAUGCAGGCUGCCAAGAGACAGAGCCUCUACGCCCGGCUGGCUACGCCCAUCGUGAGGAUGGUGGUACUCAAGGUGUUUCUCCUGCCAUUGGACUGGAUUCCGUUCUUCACCCUGGGCAUCUCCGCCUUUGUGCGCAGCUUGAGCUUGGGCAGGCAGCUCCAUGCUCCCCUCUUUGCGAGCAAAAGGAUGACCCCACUCCAGGUCGAGGUAUGGAUGAUGGAGCGCAGCUUUGCCUACAGGCAAUUCGGAUUCGCUGCUGCCCUAGUGGAGAACAUCCCCCUCCUCGGUCUGGUCCUCUCCAUCUCCAAUCGAGUCGGAGCAGCCAUGUACGCUCACGACCUAGAGAAGCGCCAGCAACUCUUCCGCUCAGGUCAAUUGGCCAAAUUAAAGCCAAACGAGACGUACAGCGAGAAGGACCCUCGCAAGCCUUCUACCCCUCAUGCGCGACCUGCGGUCGGACCUGUAGGCGACGGUAUGGGAAGUGGAGUGCCAGGAGAGUUCGGUGCCUUGACUGGUGGAGGGGUUAGCUCGGGAGUGCAGCAGGAAGGGAGACAACAUUUGAGCAUUCCCAGACCGUUCGAGGGAGGGAGCAAGAGUGGCGAAGAGCCACCAUCGUACAGCGCAUCUGAGGCACAACGCAUCAUUGCCGAUUCGGCGGACGCGGCUGGUGGGUUGGGGCUGGCGCCUGCUCAUGCUGCGGAGGAGAAGGGAGAAGAGGCGUCGACAGGUGGCAUCAAAAGGAGAGUGCCUCCGCCGCCUGUGCCGCCGAGGAAGUCUUGAGAGCGUGGCAGACAUGCAUGCGGAGGAAGCAGAGGGCUCAUCGUCAUGAAAGUGGGCAAGAAGCGGCACAGCCGUCUUGAUUAACGCCCUCAACGAAACGCGAGACGAGAGAGGGCACGAAGCUUCUGCUGUUGUACAUACAUCUUUGUCGAUCAAGCCAUCUCAACCUCCUUCAUGCUUCUU